CCAACGCAUCAAAUGUUUCUCUUCGGACGCAGUUCAGCGGCGGACUGCUUCCGGGUCGACGCAAAGUCGGCUGUGCUGCGCAGAGCCCGGGCUGUCUGCAAAGGACAACUGCUGUCAGACCCAUUAAGAUCCUGCUGCAGUGCGAGUGUCAGGUGUGCGUGCACCAUGGCGAGCCUCCUGCGCGUCGUGGUGUCCAGCUGCUCAGCCCCUGUCCUUGGGGGCGUCUCAUCUGUGAAGGUUCAGACCAGCCCUGCCGUCAAAUUAACAUGUGUGCGGUUUUUUAGGACCCAUCAAGCUCUCUGGCGGAGCGCAGGUCCAGGAAUCCCAUACAAGCAACUCACAGUUGGCGUUCCCAAAGAAGUUUUCCAGAAUGAGCGUCGUGUGGCUCUGUCUCCAGCUGGUGUUCAGGCUCUCAUCAAGCAGGGCUUUAAUGUCGUGGUGGAGUCUGGAGCCGGAGAGCCCUCCAAGUUCCCUGAUGAACAUUACACUCAGGCCGGAGCUGCAAUUAAAGACGUGAAAGAUGUGCUGGCAUCUGAUCUGUUGGUUAAGGUGCGUGCUCCCACAUUUAACCCUGCUUUGGCUGUUCACGAGGUGGACUUGAUGAAGGAAGCUUCAACUUUAGUCAGCUUCAUCUACCCAGCUCAGAACCCCGAACUGAUGGAAAUGCUGUCAAAGAAAAAGGCCACGGUUUUGGCAAUGGACCAGGUGCCCAGGGUCACCAUUGCUCAGGGUUACGAUGCGCUGAGCUCCAUGGCAAACAUUGCAGGAUACAAGGCAGUUGUUUUGGCAGCUAACAGUUUUGGACGUUUUUUCACUGGUCAAAUCACAGCAGCUGGGAAGGUGCCGCCUGCAAAGGUGCUGAUUAUUGGAGGAGGUGUGGCCGGUCUGGCAGCUGCAGGUACCGCCCGGGCCAUGGGAGCCAUUGUCCGAGGUUUUGAUACCAGAGCUGCAGCCUUGGAGCAGUUUAAGUCUCUCGGUGCAGAGCCCCUUGAAGUGGACAUAAAGGAGUCAGGAGAGGGCCAGGGAGGUUACGCCAAGGAAAUGUCGAAGGAGUUCAUAGAGGCAGAGAUGAAACUGUUUGCCAAACAGUGUCAGGAAGUGGACAUUGUCAUCAGCACAGCUCUAAUUCCAGGUAGGCGGGCUCCAAUUCUUAUCACCAAACCAAUGGUAGAGAGCAUGAAGGACGGUUCAGUUGUGGUGGAUUUGGCUGCUGAAGCUGGAGGAAACAUUGAGACCACGGUUCCAGGAGAGCUUUCCGUAUACAAGGGAGUGACUCACAUUGGCUACACAGACCUGCCCAGUCGCUUGCCGACACAGUCCAGCACUCUGUACUCCAACAACAUCACUAAGCUGCUGCGAGCAAUCAGCCCUGAUAAGGAAAACUUUUACCUUGAUGUCAAGGAGGCUUUUGAUUAUGGGACCAUGGAUCACGUUGUGCGGGGCUCCAUUGUCAUGCAGAAUGGAAAGAACUUGUUCCCCGCUCCGCAGCCCAACAACGUUCCCACUGCGGCACCUCCUAAACCCAAGAGCGUUCAGGAGUUGGAGGCGGAGAAGGCUGCACAGAUCUCCCCCUUCAGGGCUACACUCACCCAAGCUAGCUUGUACACUGGAGGUAUCGGCACCCUGCUUGGUCUGGGCUUGUCGGCUCCUAACGCCGCCUUCACUCAGAUGGUCACUACCUUUGGUCUGGCUGGCAUCGUGGGAUACCACACAGUUUGGGGCGUCACACCUGCUCUGCACUCUCCGCUCAUGUCUGUCACCAAUGCCAUCUCAGGUCUGACAGCUGUGGGUGGUCUGUCCCUGAUGGGAGGGGGCUACUUGCCAUCUAGUAGUGCAGAGACACUGGCCGUGCUUGCUGCCUUCAUCUCUUCAGUCAACAUUGCUGGUGGUUUCCUGGUGACCCAGAGGAUGUUGGACAUGUUCAAACGGUCUACUGAUCCUCCUGAGUACAACUACCUCUAUCUGCUUCCAGCGGGUGUUUUUGUUGGAGGCUACGCUGCUGCUCUGCAGUCUGGAUACAACAUUGAACAGAUGAUGUAUUUGGGCUCUGGUCUGUGUUGUGUCGGUGCCCUUGCUGGUCUUUCCAACCAGACCACAGCUCGGCUGGGUAACGCUCUGGGAAUGAUUGGAGUCGCAGGAGGGAUUGCUGCCACUCUGGGUGCCCUUAAACCAAAUCCUGAGCUCCUGGCACAGAUGAGCGCAGCCAUGGCUGUGGGUGGAACUGCUGGUUUAGCCAUCGCUAAGAAGAUUGAGAUCAGCGACUUGCCUCAGCUUGUUGCUGCGUUCCACAGCUUGGUCGGGCUGGCUGCUGUUCUCACCUGCGUGGCCGAAUAUAUGAUCGAGUACCCUCACUUUGCCACGGACCCCGCAGCCAACCUUACCAAAAUAGUUGCUUACCUCGGCACUUACAUUGGCGGAAUCACUUUCAGCGGCUCUUUGGUGGCAUACGGCAAACUGCAAGGUAUGCUAAACAGCGCUCCUUUGAUGCUUCCUGGUCGCCACGCUCUCAAUGCCACUCUCAUGGCAGCUAGUGUCGGUGGUAUGAUUCCCUACAUGCUGGAUCCCAGUUACACCACAGGCAUGACCUGCUUAGGAUCAGUUUCCGCCCUCUCUGCUGUCAUGGGUGUUACUCUGACAGCAGCUAUUGGAGGAGCCGACAUGCCGGUAGUCAUUACUGUACUCAACAGUUACUCCGGCUGGGCCCUGUGCGCUGAGGGCUUCCUGCUAAACAACAACCUGCUUACCAUCGUUGGAGCUCUCAUUGGCUCAUCUGGAGCCAUUCUGUCAUAUAUUAUGUGUGUGGCCAUGAAUCGUUCACUUGCUAAUGUGAUCCUUGGAGGUUACGGCACAUCCUCCACUGGUACAGGAAAGCCCAUGGAGAUCACAGGGACACACACAGAGGUCAACGUGGAGCAGACUGUCGACAUGAUUAAAGAGGCUCAGAGCAUAAUCAUCACUCCAGGUUAUGGACUUUGUGCUGCAAAGGCCCAGUACCCAAUCGCUGAGCUGGUAAAGAUGCUUGCAGAGGCUGGAAAGAAAGUCAGGUUUGGUAUUCACCCUGUAGCCGGCCGUAUGCCCGGUCAGCUCAACGUGCUGCUGGCUGAAGCAGGCGUCCCCUAUGACAUUGUCCUGGAAAUGGAGGAAAUCAACGAGGACUUCCCUGAAACUGACCUGGUUCUGGUGAUCGGUGCCAACGACACAGUGAACUCGGCCGCCCAAGAAGACCCCAACUCCAUUAUUGCUGGCAUGCCCGUCCUGGAGGUCUGGAAAGCGAAACAGGUCAUCGUGAUGAAGAGAUCCCUGGGUGUUGGAUACGCAGCAGUGGACAACCCCAUCUUUUACAAACCCAACACUGCAAUGUUGCUUGGCGACGCCAAGAAAACAUGCGACGCUCUGCAGGCUAAAGUCCGUGAGACUCAGAGCCAGUAAUGUGACCCCCGUAUUGGAGACACCUCCACCUUAGAGCACAAAGAGGAAAGAUUUGAAAAUUCAUCUCUGUACAGCUGUAACUUCACCAACCUAGUAAAAAUAUAACCGAGAUGAGCUUUUUUUUUUGGCAUCCCCCUUCCUGUGAUCUAAAAAUAAAUAAAUGUACAGGUACUGUAUGUUUCUAACUCAUGUAACAAUGCAUCUUUUAUUUUUUAGAUCGGAAAGGAAGGCUGCGUUAUAAUGGGUGUCUGUGUGACCAAGACUCAUCUUGUGAUGUAAAAUAAAUACAAUCAGGAAAUUAGAUACACAUAAAUGUUAGGUAUGAUCAGUUUCACUCUUGAUAUUUUUAGAAAAUAGUUGAGCAAAAAAAAAAAAAAUAAGCAAAAAAUCUGAUGAAUUUGACUGAAAAAGUAAGGAAUGCUCCAGCUCUUUACUCUAAAAGGUUUUCAUUUCCUCUUCUCUCCACAGUUUAAGUUUAGUACUUUCAUGUCUCCUUCCAUUUCAUUCACCUGUAAAAAAAAAACAAAACAAACAAUAGUAUAAACAUGAAAAAAAAAUAAAAAUUUGUACUUUGUCUUGAAGUUUAGGAAAGUAUCUGCUUAAAUGCUUUGCUCUUUAAUGUUUGGCUCCAAAAUGAAAUCAGACUAUAAAUAAAAAGUUAAAAACCCUCCUCUGAGCCUUUUAGGGAACUGUCUUGCUCUUGCAAACACUCGUCGCUCACAUUAGCUGAAAGGAUUUUAGUUAUGUUUUGCCACUCUGUGCUUUCCAUCAUUCUGUCGUGUUCAGAUAUUACGGUAGAUAAAGGUUUUUUUUAAGUCGAAGUGACUCAGCCACUCCAGAGAGCCUUCUUAUUACUGCCCCAUAGGAAAAAUGAAGGAUCACACUUAGAAAUCGGGGCCAUUUGUUAACCUGUUGCAUCCAAAUUUAAACAACUGGUUAAAUUAUUGCUACACAAAGAACAGUUUGUCUUUUUGUUGAUUAAACAUCUGCUUAAUGUGCCAUUUUAAUACGGAUAUAUUCUCAGAUGCAGACACACGAGAAUUGGCUUCUGUUUAACCGCUAGAGUAUUUCAACAGAGAUUAAUCCCUGUAGUAUUAUUUUACUCCAAUCAUUUUUCCAGAUUGUACAUUGUUCAUUUUUCAAAUUCAAACCCUAAAGAAGUACUUUAGGACAUCAAUGACCAUAGUUUUGUCUUGGGACCAUGACAUCUAUCCUACCUCUCCAUAAAGUGACCAACGCCUCUCUGUAAGACAUGCAAUUUGUGUAACUAAGUCUUUAACAUAAUCGGACCCAUUAUUUUCUAAUCAUUCUGUACAACAGAUAGGCUCCUAAAAUUCCCAAAAAAAAUCAGGACCAAUAUUCUUCCCGUUUUUUUUCUUUGCAUUUUCAGACCUCAACAUUUUGUUUUUGUUUUUUUGCAACUGAAUUGAGUGAUGAGGCUGUAGCAUUGUAAGAUGUACAGGCAAAUAGCCUUUAGAACCAUUCACACCUGUAGACUGUUGCCAUGUUUGAACAAAUAUUAGUAACAAGAAGAUGAAGUAAAUCUGUUAUUUUCUAAGAGCGCUUCAUAUUUGUGUAGAGCAACUUUGGGAUUUGGAAGAAGAAUGUUUCAAUGUACCAUCUUAAGAGGAUGAGGUGUACUGUGAAUCUGUUUUUUCCCCUCUUUUGUUUGUCAUGGAACAGUUCCUUCCCUAAUAAAGCUGUAUUUACUCUAAA